AUGAGUGAAGCCGACUGUAAAGAGGCCUUGGAAACAGGGGAUUUAGGCCUGCUCUUGGUCUUCUUUGUGCCUCCAGCAUCAGUGCCGAGCUGCUGUGAUGGACCAGCAUCAGUAUCUGGUUCGUCGACAAUAUAUAAUUUUAUGCUACUGCUUCUCUUUGAUGACGACGAUGAUGACAUUGUCAGAAGACCUGGUAUCAUUCGUUCUCGAAUAAAUUGGUUCGAUUUUUUCGACGAUGAUGAUUUUGUUGAAAGAUUUCGCUUAACAAAAGCGAUGACAACAAAAGUUUUUGACCAAAUAGAAGCUGUCAUUUCUCACGACACCGAAAAAAAUAAUGCAAUUCCAGCAAUUAUCCAGAUGCUCGUGACUAUGCGGUUCCUAGCUACUGGAUCAUUUUAUAUCACUGUAGGUGACUUCACGGGCAUAAGUAAAACUAGUGUUUGGCGGAUAAUACACCGAGUGUCAGAAGGAAUCGCUGGAUUGAGAGAGCGUUACAUCUACAUGCCUCCUCGUCAAGAAAUUAGAGCUGUCCACUGUCGAAAUUUCAAUCGAGCUGCUUUUCCUCGUGUAUUGGGUGCUAAUGAUUGCGUUCACGUGAUAGUCAACUCUAGGUUGGAGAUCAUGGAUAUUGUAGCACGAUGGCCAGGAUCGGCGCACGAUGCUACUGUAUUUGACAAUUCGAGAAUAAAAAGAAGAUUCGAAAAUGGUGAAUUCGAUAAUUCGUUAUUAGUCGGUGAUUCUGCAUAUUCUCAAGUGCCAUUUAUAAUGUCACCAUUACAAAAUCCGACAACUCGAGCGGAAAUUCAUUAUAAUGAAUCCCAAAUUCGAACUCGAGCGAUGGUCGAAAGGUGUUUUGGCGUUUGGGGGCGUAUGUUUGCUGUUCUCACCAUUGGUUCCAGAUUUUUUAAACCAGAGUCAACAUUGACAGCAAUAAUUGCAUCAGCUGUGUUGUAUAAUGUUACUCGACAAGCUAUUCCUCCCCCACUUAUAAAUCAAAGAGGCUAUGACAGGAUUCCUGCUACUCAUCAGCCUUUACGUUAA